UUUAACUUAAAAUGCACAUAACUAGUCGAAUUUCUUCGAGUCUUCCCUGUCGCAAAAAUAAGAAAAUAAAUUUUAAAUAUUUCCUUUUCUACAGUUGUUUAGGAUUUAAUGUCUGUCCAUAAACACUCCACUAAUAUUCAAUGGUUUUAAAAAAUGUAAUAUUGCAUUGGCUGAUUUUUUUUUAAACCAUAAACAUAACUUUAAGGACAGGUGGAAACAGGUGGAACAAUUUUUUAUUGUUUGUUGUCUUUAGUUCACAUCACGUUUUAGUUCCACAUAAAGCUUUAAGCAUGUUCAGCGGGUGAAAUAUUGCAUGUUUAUUUUUUAUUUUAUGUAUAUUUAGGGUAAUGUGAGGACAUGAAGCUUAUUGUUGGGAUAUAUUUGUUGUUAACAUGUGUUGAUUCCAGAAAGAGCGACUACAAAAGAAUCAUAUUCAGCGAUUUUGUUAGACAAGAAUUACAAAACAACUUUGCAAAACAGUAUUCUUUUCUUGCGAGCAAUAACGACACAUUUGCUGAUCAUUUCAGAAAGUUAUGGCAACAACACAAAGAUGCAAAGUUAAUACGUUUACAACCAGAACAGACUGUCUUUGAAAACAGAGCAAUUCCACUGACAAACAACAGAAAAGACUUGGUGACUCUUACAACGAUGUCGAAACGACGACCCUUGAUCUUUCAAAUUGACGAUUUUUUAUUUGAUGAUGAGUGCGAACAUAUCAAAACUCUAGCUCUAAAACAUGGAAUGGAAAAAAGUGAAACUGCUGGAGAUGGCCUGGAACGGCAAGGUAUAUCCCCUGGCUUGUAUGAUGAUAUAGGAGCGAUAGAGUUUGAAGACUUUGAUCUUGAUGAGGAUAAAGUAAUUAAUAUAACUGAGCUUCUUCGAGGUUUUCGCACUAUAUUUGACAACAGAAUGGGAUCCAUGAUAGCUAAAAAUAUAGCAAAAGAUACUUACAUGGAUUUUAAUCUUGAUGGUAUAAUUGAGAAAUGGGAGUGGAAUAUCAAAAACUUAACAUUGUUAGUAAAAAUGUUGAAUGAGUCACGAGCUUUUAAUCCAGCCUCUCAAGCUAGAUUCAGUGAACAAGUGUGGUUAUCUCAAACAGACUCAAAUGAUUCUGUGCUGUUGUCUUUGCAAGAUAGGCUUCAUCAAGUUACUAGGCUACCUCUGGAGAUGAUAAGAAACAGUGAACAAUUACAGGUGGUCAGAUAUAAACCAGGUGGUCAUUAUGAUUGUCACUUGGAUAGUGAUCCAAGAUAUUAUGAGGACAAUUUUCGUCCGUGUUGUCAUGUACACAAUGCAUCAAGUAAAGAGGAUCAGGAUUGUUCUUCUUGCAGAUACAUGACUGUUUUGUUUUACUUGGACGAUACAGAGCAUGGUGGAGAAACUGCGUUUCCUGUUGCUGGAGUUGAUCCAUAUAAAAACAAUUUAGCCAACGAAAACGGGGGAUCUGAGGAAGAGUGGUGUGAUUUAACGAUGCAUUGCUCGCAGGCGAGUAUUCGAGUAAAACCGAAGAAAGGUCGAGCAGUGUUGUGGUACAAUCAUUUUAUCGAUCCUGAUACCGAAUGGAUGGGCGCAGUUGAUAGGAAUAGUUUACAUGGCGGUUGUGCUGUACACAGUGGGUCCAAGUGGAUUGCAAAUAAUUGGAUCAAUGCAGGUUAUCAUAGAGAGCAUGACUUUCUGAGCUGGAUAAUAAAUGAAUGGCGGACAGAAAAAGAAGAUGAAGAAGGAGAAUUAGAAGAGGACGUUGACGAAAGCAUAGUGUCAUGAAUACGUUUUUAGUUCAAUUUGAGAAAGUGCUAUAACCUGAGUAUAUGACUAACUACUAGCGUCCAAUGUCUUAUUUUAUGUUAUUUUUUCGUUCGGAAUAGAUAAAAGAUUUCGAUUAACUCUAUUUCACGCCGUGAAAAGGCCCAUUUUUUUAUUUUUUGAUAUUUUUAUUAUUUUUUUUUUUAAAUAAUAAAUAUUAACAUAUAUUUUUGGAGCUUUUUUAUUUGCUUUACCUCGGAACAGUUUUCAUCAUACGAAAAAUUUUGUUAGUUAAUAUUCAUAGUUAUUUAUUUAGAGACAAUAACGACUUAGUUUUUUAAUGUCGCAAGAUCAUCAAUCAAUUCGCGAAAAUUAAUCCGAGCGAUUUUUUUUAAAUGAUAAAUGAUGAAAUUCAAUUUUUUGUCCAGCAAGUCUUGUAUUGGUUUCUGUUUUCUUUGUGUGCAAUAAGUUCAAGGAAAAUCGCAAUAUCGGCUUAUCUCGAAUACCUUUCGUUUUUUCAACCAAGCCCGUAAUGUGUUGCUAAAUAUUUUUCUGUAUUAGUUAAAAUUAUUAUUUAUAUAAUUAGAUGUAUACAUAUUUUUAUAUUUUUUUAAAUGUCGCCCGGUAAAACACAGCCAUGUAAUAAAAACACUGAAUUUGGAGAAACUGAUCACGCGCAGUGAGCGUUUCUUUGCAUCGCGUAUGAUUUAAUCGAAAAAAAUAGCGUAGCCCUUAGUCCUAAACAGGAAAUUAAUAUGGAUAUACAAUGUAGAUAUAACCUAGAAUUUUUUUGUAUUUUGUAUUUUACAAGAAAAUGUUCUUGACUGUA